GAGAACUUUCCAACAGCCUCAUUAAUUUGGUAUAAUUAAAUACUAUGGCUCCAUCUCUCAAUGUCAAGCACUUUUGCUUUGCCAUAGCUAUGCUCACGCUAGCCACACCUUUGUGCAAAGGACAAUCUGCCCAACCACAAGACUCGGUCCAAAUCGUCGCCAACGCUGCACUUUGUUUCGAUAACAAGACCGUUAUUAUGAACUGUAUAUCAUCGGCAGCAAUGCUUGCUAAUGGAAGUUUAAACCCGAACUCUACUUUCUGUCAAGGGCCUUGUUAUGGGCAUGCGAUGCUGAUGGUGAACUGCUUGGAUGGAAUUUUCACUAACUUUCCAUUCUACAACGCCGGUUUGUUUCAAGGAGUGAGGGCAAUCUUUCAGGUAUCCUGCGGGAAAAAUAUUACAGGUAGUUCAAGUGAGAACAUUGUGGCAACUAGCCAUGGAGGUGGGCUGGCCAUUCCUGUCGAUUUAACAGCAUACGUUUCCAUGCUCCUAGCUUCUGUUUUCCUCUUCUGAUGCUCCUUUAACAUAUUUACCUUUCCAUUAUUAAUUAUUCAUGUAGAAGAAAUGUGGUAACUACGAGAUGGCAGUUUUCUAAUUGUCGAAAAAGACUGCAGGUUCUUUGUUUAUUCUUUGUGUUUUAUUUACCGGGUCUACUGGUAAUUUCUUUUUCCUUGUGAGUAUUCUAUUCAUUGUGUGAAGAGAUUUGCAAAGGAUUGAAGUAUCUGAUUGUCAACAA